AUAUAUCGCACAAGCUCCGCCGCCUCUGUUCAGAGCAACCCCUCUGUCUAUGCUUUAAGGACCACUGAGAUCUAUAAGACCGGCAAGCCAUUCCACAUAUUCAUAAUUCCUUCCUCGAAUAUCAAUUAAACCAACCUCACCCCAUCUUCGAGCGGUGUUGCCUCUCUGUCUAUUCUUUCUCUGUCCGUGCCCAGCAGGGGGACACGUGCAGAUUAUCUUUUGUGUCAUACAAAGCAUCGAGACAAUUUCUGCCUAUCACAAAUCUAAUAGACACUGUAUACAAUAUGGCGCCAAUACAAGAAGGUGGAAUCCGUAUUGCCAUUGAUCGAGGUGGGACCUUCACCGACUGUGUAGGAAACCCGGGGACUGGGAAGAUGAAAGACGAUAUCGUCAUAAAGCUAUUAUCCGAAGAUCCGUCUAAUUACGAUGAUGCGCCGCUCGAAGGUAUUCGACGCCUUCUCUCAAAGUUUACCGGCCGCGAUAUCCCUCGUGGCGAGGCGUUAGAUACGUCCAAGAUCGAGAGCAUCCGAAUGGGUACAACAGUGGCGACCAACGCAUUGCUGGAAAGAAAAGGAGAGAAGAUCGCCAUGGUGGUGACCAAGGGAUUUAAAGAUUGUUUGGAGAUUGGCAAUCAGUCACGGCCGAGAAUUUUCGACUUGGCCAUAAAGAAGCCUGAUGUACUCUAUGAAGAAGUCAUUGAGGUGGAUGAACGGGUCACACUCGAAGAUUAUGCAGAGGACCCUUUUCGGAAUCAGACAAAAACACCACCCCGAGAUCAGACUCCCGAUGACGCUGCUGUCGUAAGAGGCCUUUCAGGCGAGGCCGUGCGGAUACUUAGACGACCCGAAGAAGAAAGGAUAAAAUCACAGCUACAAGCGCUCUACUCAAAAGGCGUUAGAAGCAUUGCUGUCUGUCUGAUGCAUGGCUAUACAUUUCCCGAUCAUGAAGCCUUGGUUGGCCGGAUAGCGAGAGAGCUGGGUUUCAACCAUGUUAGCUUGAGCCACGAGCUUAUGCCCAUGAUCAAGCUGGUGCCUCGAGCAACUUCUGCGUGCGCCGAUGCCUAUCUAACUCCAGCUAUCAAGAAGUAUAUUGCCGGGUUUGAAGCGGGAUUCGAAGGCGGCCUGGGAACGCACAGUCUGAAGACCGAGGAAGGGGCAAAGGGCGCGAGAUGCGAGUUCAUGCAGUCUGAUGGAGGUCUCGUGGACGUCGAUCAGUUUUCGGGGCUUAAAGCCAUUCUCUCAGGCCCUGCUGGUGGAGUUGUCGGAUAUGCGUUGACUUCGUACGACCCUGCUACUCGAACACCGGUAAUUGGUUUCGACAUGGGAGGCACUAGCACGGACGUGAGCCGUUAUGGCGCGGGGAGAUAUGAACAUGUCUUUGAGACGACCACCGCGGGCGUGACAAUUCAAUCGCCGCAGCUCGACAUUAAUACAGUUGCUGCCGGUGGCGGUUCGCGAUUAUUCUUCCGAAAUGGCCUCUUCGUGGUCGGACCUGAGUCCGCUGGCGCACAUCCCGGACCGGCUUGCUACAGAAAGGGCGGUCCUUUGGCCGUCACAGAUGCCAAUCUUUUCCUUGGCCGCUUACUUCCGGACUUCUUCCCAAAGAUCUUUGGAAAACACGAGAAUGAAGGUUUGGAUAAAGAUGCAAGCGAGAAGCUUUUCAAAGAACUCACAGAUCAAAUUAAUGAGGAGGUUUCUGGCGGAAGAGACGACAAGAAAAUGACGUGUGAUGAGGUGGCAUAUGGCUUCAUUAAAAUCGCCAACGAGACCAUGACGAGACCCAUCCGGUCGCUGACGGAGGCUAAGGGCCACGACACGUCGCAGCAUCGACUUGCAACCUUUGGAGGUGCCGGGGGUCAGCAUGCUGUAGCAAUAGCCGAAAACCUUGGUAUUCGCCAGAUUUUGGUCCACCGCUAUUCAUCUGUCCUCUCUGCAUAUGGCAUGGGUCUAGCCGAUGUUGUUGAUGAGCAGCAGGUGCCAAGCUCAAAAGUCUGGUCCGACGAUUCCACCGUCCGAGAAGACUUGAAAGAGGUCAUGGAUGGUCUUAAGGGGAAGGCAGUGAAGGCACUACACGAUCAAGGAUUCAACGAUGAUAAGAUUGUCUUUGAGGAGUACUUGAACAUGCGUUACCGGGGUACCGAGUCCGCCUUGAUGAUUAUCAAGCCUAGUGUUGAGGAAGUGGAAAACGAAUACAAUGGCGACGAGUGGGCCUUUGAAAGAGCCUUUAUUAAACAACAUCAGCAAGAAUUUGGGUUUACCCUACCCGGCCGCGAUAUCAUUGUUGACGAUGUCCGAGCCCGUGGAAUUGGACAGAGUUUUAAAGGCUUAGAAAAGACUGUUGAUCAGCAGCUGAAGGAGAUUAAAAUAAAUGACUUGGGGCCAAACGAGAAGAGAUACGGUACUAAUAGUGUCUACUUUGAGGGUGGCCGACAAGAAACCCCAAUCUUCAAGCUCGACGAUCUUAACGUUGGUGACCGUAUAAAGGGUCCUGCAAUCAUCGCCGAUGGGACUCAAACUAUUGUUGUCACACCCAUCGCCUCAGCUUUGGUGAUUGAUACCCACGUCGUCAUCAAUAUUGGCGACGACAAUGUGCAGACAAAGAAAGUCAACGCCAAGGACGUCGAUCCAAUUAUGCUGAGUAUCUUUGCCAACCGAUUUAUGGCCAUUGCUGAGCAGAUGGGACGAGCGCUCCAAAAGACGAGUGUGUCCACGAACGUAAAGGAGAGACUAGACUAUUCUUGCGCCCUCUUUGAUGCAGAUGGCGGAUUAGUCGCCAAUGCUCCUCACCUUCCAGUGCACCUUGGAAGCAUGUCAACCUGUGUCCGUACGCAGUCUAAGUUGUGGGAGGGGAAGCUUAAGCCCGGUGAUGUACUUGUCUCGAAUCAUCCUGAAUAUGGAGGCACGCAUCUGCCCGACAUUACUGUCAUUACUCCGGCCUUCAACGAUGGGAAGAUUGUCUUCUAUGUCGCCUCGCGUGCUCAUCACGCAGAUAUUGGUGGAAUUCUUCCUGGCUCUAUGCCCCCGCACUCUCGAGAGCUUUUCCAGGAAGGAGCUGCUAUCAAAUCCGAAAAGCUUGUUUCCGAGGGUAAUUUCAAUGAAGAGCGUAUCACGGAACUUUUGCAGAAGGAACCAUCCAAGUAUCCAGGAUGCAGUGGCACCAGGUGCUUGGCAGACAAUCUCAACGACCUGAAGGCGCAAAUCGCUGCCAAUCAAAAAGGCAUAAAUCUGAUCAGUGCACUGAUUGAAGACUAUGGCGAGGAAGUUGUUCAAUUUUAUAUGCACAACAUUCAAAAUAAUGCUGAACUGAGCGUCCGGAAUCUUCUCAAGCAGGUCAGCAAGCGUUUUGAAGGGAAGGACUUGUCUGCGGUUGAUUACAUGGAUGAUGGUAGCCCCAUCAGGCUGAAGAUAUCGAUUGACGCAGACAAGGGCGAAGCAGUAUUUGACUUUGCAGGAACUGGACCAGAGGUUUACGGGAAUAUCAACGCACCUCGAGCCGUCACGUACUCGGCCAUCAUCUACUGUCUUCGUUGCCUCAUCUCGGAAGACAUUCCUUUGAACCAGGGCUGCAUGAAGCCCAUUGAUGUUCGCAUUCCACCCAAGUCGUUCCUCUCGCCUUCCAGCCGAGCAGCAGUGGUUGGUGGAAAUGUUUUGACGAGUCAACGACUCACCGAUGUCAUUCUUAAAUGCUUCCAAGCAUGUGCUGCUUCUCAAGGCGACUGCAAUAACCUAACAUUUGGCAUUGGCGGAAGUCAGGAUGGUGAAGAAGAGGUCAAGGGUUUCGGCUAUUACGAGACCAUUGCAGGCGGUAGCGGCGCGGGUCCCGACUGGGACGGCAGUCACGGUGUUCACACCCACAUGACCAAUACUCGAAUCACAGAUUCUGAAGUCUUCGAACGUCGAUACCCCGUCAUUCUUCGCGAGUUUAGUUUGCGCCCGUGUUCGGGUGGAAUUGGCCAGCACCCAGGAGGUGAUGGCGUCAUCCGUGAUAUCGAAUUCCGUAUUCCUGUUCACGUCUCAAUUCUGUCUGAACGGCGUGUUUACCAUCCAUAUGGUCUGAACGGCGGUGGCGAUGCAGAAUGCGGGCUAAACUUGUGGAUUCGUCGGGUUGCCCAGUCCGAUACUGACCACCGUGGAGGCGAAGACCAUGAAGAGACGAGGAUCAUCAACAUGGGGGCCAAAAACACGGCAUUCAUGCAACCCGGGGAAAGAAUUGUCAUUAUGACACCGGGUGGUGGAGGAUGGGGCAAAGUUGGCGAGGAGAGCCGCGCAAAGAAGGAGAGAGACCCAAAGCAUGCGUGGAGAGGAGGAAGCUUGUUCAGUCGCCUGCAGGUUCAGGAAACGAAUUAACGGUCGCAGAAAUUUACGUUGCUGAUAUAGAUUAUUCAUGAUUAAGGCAUUUGCUUGGAGCAUUGCACCAAUUUGUGCCAGUGUAUAUAGAGAGUAAUGAUAUGUUACCAUUGAUCAAGGAGAU